GAUUUCCCGGGGAGGUCCUUUCUGGGCCCCCGGCGGAGGUGGGGGAGAGGCCGGCAGGAGCCGAGGCCAGGGAGCCCUCUGCGUCAGCUGCUGCUCGCUGCGCCGCGCCAGUGCCAGCCGGGACUCACCCGCGGCUCCAUGCUUGUGCCCGGUUCGACUCGUCCAUCCUCCGAGAAGAGGCAGCCCAUGAGGCUCCCAGUCCCCACUGAGUGCCGCCCUGAAGGAUGUCCCAGCUCUCCUCCACCCUGAAGCGCUACACGGAAUCAGCCCGCUACACAGAUGCCCCUUACGCCAAAUCGGGCUAUGGCACCUACACCCCCUCCUAUGGGGCCAACCUGGCCACCUCCUUCCUGGAGAAGGAGAAGCUUGGUUUCAAGCCAGCCCCCCCCACCAACUUCCUCACCCGUCCCCGCACCUAUGGCCCCUCCUCCAUCCUGGACUAUGAACGGGGCCGCCCUCUGCUCAGACCCGACAUCAUGGUGGGUGGUAAGAGGGCAGAGAGCCAGACCCGGAGCACUGAGCGGCCUUCAGGCAGUGGCCUCAGUGGGGGCAGUGGAUUCCCUUAUAGCAUGACCAACAACUGCCUCAGCUACCUGCCCACGAGUGCCCGGGACCAGGGGGUGACCCUGACCCAGAAGAAGUCGGACAGCCAAUCAGAUCUGGCCCGGGAUUUCUCCAGCCUCCGGACCUCAGACAGCUACCGGGUAGACCCCGGGAACCUGGGCCGCAGCCCCAUGCUGGCACGCACACGCAAAGACCUCUGCACCCUGCAGGGGCUCUACCAGGCAGCCAACCGCCCUGAGUACCUGGCCGACUACCUGGAGAACUAUGGUCGCAAGGGCAGUACACCUCAGGUGCCCACCCAGGCUGCUCCCUCACGAGUCCCUGAAGUCCUCAGCCCCACCUACCGACCCACUGGCCGCUACACACUGUGGGAGAAGGGCAAGGGCCAGGCCCCUGGGCCCAGCCGCUCCAGCUCCCCAGGGCGAGACACCAUGAAUUCUAAGAGCGCCCAGGGUCUGGCUGGUCUUCGAAACCUUGGUAACACGUGCUUCAUGAACUCGAUUCUGCAGUGCCUGAGCAACAUCCGGGAGCUGAGAGAUUAUUGCCUCCAGAGACUCUAUAUGCGGGACCUCAGCCACAGCAGCAAUGCACACACAGCCCUCAUGGAAGAGUUUGCAAAACUAAUCCAGACCAUAUGGACUUCAUCCCCCAAUGAUGUGGUGAGCCCAUCUGAGUUCAAGACCCAGAUCCAGAGAUAUGCGCCUCGCUUUGUCGGCUAUAAUCAGCAGGAUGCUCAGGAGUUCCUUCGCUUUCUUCUGGAUGGGCUCCACAAUGAGGUGAACCGAGUGACACCGAGGCCUAAGUCCAAUCCCGAGAACCUCGAUCAUCUUCCGGAUGAUGAGAAAGGGCGACAGAUGUGGAGAAAAUAUCUAGAACGGGAAGACAGUCGGAUCGGGGAUCUCUUUGUUGGGCAGCUGAAGAGCUCACUGACGUGUACUGAUUGUGGUUACUGUUCUACAGUCUUUGAUCCCUUCUGGGACCUGUCAUUGCCCAUUGCUAAGCGAGGUUAUCCUGAGGUGACAUUAAUGGACUGCAUGAGGCUCUUCACCAAAGAGGAUGUGCUUGAUGGCGAUGAAAAGCCAACAUGCUGUCGCUGCCGAGCCAGAAAACGAUGCAUAAAGAAGUUCUCCAUCCAGAGGUUCCCAAAGAUCUUGGUGCUCCAUCUGAAGCGGUUCUCAGAAUCCAGGAUACGAACCAGCAAGCUCACAGCAUUUGUGAAUUUCCCACUAAGAGACCUGGACUUGAGAGAAUUUGCCUCAGAAAACACCAACCACGCUGUUUACAACCUGUAUGCUGUGUCCAAUCACUCCGGAACCACCAUGGGCGGCCACUAUACAGCCUACUGUCGAAGUCCAGUGACAGGCGAAUGGCACACUUUCAAUGACUCCAGUGUCACACCCAUGUCUUCCAGCCAAGUGCGCACCAGCGACGCCUAUCUCCUCUUCUACGAAUUGGCCAGUCCACCCUCCCGUAUGUAGCAGCGAGGAGCUACGUCCUUUAUCCCUUCCCCGUGGUGGCCCCACACUCUAAGUUUUUUAAAAA